CAUUUUCAUUUCUCUUCCACUCAAUCAGAUUCUCAAACAUGAACCUCACAAUCUGCCUUUAAAAUAGAGGCACCCUUCAUCAAACCCUUAAACCACUUCAGCCAUGGCUUCCAACAAGCAGCUCUCUGCAACCAUUCUCAUCUUUUCAAUCCUUUUCUACUCAUCAACAUUCUCUCUUGCUUGCAACACCUGCAAGCCUCACCCCAAGCCUCCCGCACCAGCACCCCAACCUGAAACUUGCCCAAAAGACACAUUGAAGUUGGGGGUUUGUCUGGAUCUUCUAGGACUUGUUAACCUUCCAGUUGGGACCCCUCCUACAAGCAAAUGCUGUGCAUUGCUUGAAGGCUUGGCUGAUUUGGAAGCUGCCCUUUGUCUCUGCACUGUCAUCAAGGCCAAUGUGCUAGGGCUUGUCAACUUGGAAGUGCCAGUUGCAUUGAGUUUGCUAGUUAGUGCUUGCCAAAAAUCAGUGCCCCCUGGUUUCAAAUGUGAAUGAGAAUUACAAGCUCUUAGUACUAUUUAAAAUUGUGCUGCAUUAGAUUGUUAGGAUGUGUGAGGUACAGUGUUGUUGUUGUAUGUUGCUAAUGGUUCCAAUGUUGGUUUUUUAUGCCCUUUAUCUUGCCUUGUUUGUUCCAAUUUCUAGAACAAGGAAAUUAAUUAAUUAAUUAAUAGUCUUGUAGGGCAAUGCCCAAUUUGUAAUAAUAAGCAGACAAGCCUGUUUGCCUGUUUUCCUUUAUUGUUAUAUAAUUGUUGUUGUUUA